CCCGAAGAGUCGCAAAUGCAGCCGCCCACAGUUGUGAUAGCUAUUAUUGCUAGAAAUGCUGCGCAUUCGUUGCCGUAUUACCUCGGAGCACUCGAGAGACUGAACUAUCCGAAAGACCGCAUCUCAAUCUGGGCGGCAACAGACCACAACAUAGACAAUACAACGGCAGUCCUAAGAGAGUGGCUAACUGUCAUGCAGAGAUACUAUCACUAUGUGGAGUGGAGGCCUAUGGAUAAACCUACAUCAUAUGCAGGUGAGAUGGGGCCCAAACAUUGGACUAAUGGCAGAUAUGAAUAUGUGAUGAAGCUAAAACAAGCUGCACUCAACUUUGCCAAGAGACGUUGGGCAGACUACAUCCUGUAUGCAGACACAGACAACAUCCUGACCAACGCUGAGACACUAAACCUUCUCAUGGCUGAGAAUAAGUCUGUCAUUGCCCCUAUGCUGGACUCACAGUCGGCCUACUCUAAUUACUGGUGUGGCAUUACUCCACAGGGUUACUACCGUCGCACGGCAGAAUAUUUCCCUACAAAACACCGUCAUAGACUUGGCUGCUAUCCCGUUCCCAUGGUGCAUUCCACUUUUCUGCUGGACCUGCGGAAGGAGGGCACCAAAAAAUUGGCGUUCCACCCCCCUCACAAGGACUACUCCUGGCCAUUUGAUGACAUCAUCGUCUUUGCCUUUUCCUGUAGAGUCUCUGAGGUUCAGAUGUACCUGUGCAACAAAGUUCGCUAUGGCUACGUAAACAUACCUGCCAAACCACAUCAGACUGUGGAGGAUGACCGCAUCAACUUUGUUCAUCUUUACCUGGAGUCCUUAAUUCACGGGCCACCCAUGUACCUCUCGCGCUACAUCUACACUCCCCCUAAACAGACAGACCUCAUGGGCUUUGACGAGGUUUACUUGAUAAACCUGCGUAGGCGACCGGACCGCAGGGAAAGAAUGCUGUGGUCACUUUAUGAGAUGGAAAUAAACGCCAAAGUAGUGGACGCUGUAGAUGGAGCAGCUCUGAAUAGCAGUGAUAUAAAGAUCUUGGGAGUUGACCUCUUACCAGGCUACUAUGACCCUUUCUCUGGACGUACUCUGACCAAGGGUGAGGUGGGAUGUUUCCUUAGCCACUACUACAUCUGGAAAGAGAUGGUGGACAUGCAACUGGACAAGGCUCUGAUCUUUGAGGACGAUGUCCGUUUCCAAAGCAAUUUCAAACGGCGGUUAAUGCAAAUAAUGGAAGAGGUGGAGAAAGUCGAGCUGGACUGGGACAUAAUAUACCUGGGAAGGAAACAAGUGAAUCCUGGUGACGAGGUGGCAGUGGAGAAUGUGCGUAAUCUGGUGGUGGCAGAUUAUUCCUACUGGACUCUCUCCUACGCCAUCUCUUUACAGGGAGCCCAGAAACUGAUUAAUGCUGAACCUCUGUCCAAAAUGCUGCCCGUCGACGAAUUUCUGCCCAUCAUGUACGACAAGCACCCUAAUGAGGAAUACAAAUCUCAUUUCCUUAAUCGGAACCUGCAGGCUUACUCUACUCGCCCUCUGCUGGUAGAACCAUGUCACUACGCUGGGGACCCUGAGUGGGUGAGCGACACAGAGACUUCCACACUGUGGGACGAUGACAAGGUACGCACAGACUGGAGAGGUUCCCAUAAGACUCUGAAGGGUUCAUCACCCCCUUCAGGAAUACAGAGUGCCUACUACAGAGAUGAACUUUGAUGAGCAAUAGCC